AUUGCGUCCCCAAGAAUCGUGUGGCAGCAGAUUCAGUCAUUUCACUAUGUAUCAAGGACUACAACAACAACUGCAUGACAGGUGGGAGGCUGAACAAAACCUAAUCCAUUAGCGUUUUUUUCUGCGCUUGCGCUACUCUUGUCCAAAACUGCAAUGCUAUGUGAUUUUUUUGAUUCUUUUCUUCGUGGUUCAUAUCCUUCGUCGAUAGUAGAUAUACCAUAUUUGUUUCAUCUGACACCUAAAUUGGUAGUUGUGGAUGAUAACGGUUGUGGUUUUUAGCACACGUUGCUUGUUGACCACGCACUCAUUUGAUAAAUCGUGUUUAUUCGAUUUCGACUCUUUUUACUCCAUCGUUCAUUGAGGGCAGUCUAUCCUUGGAGUAGAUGUCUUCAAAAAUUGGGAGUAAGCCUGAUUACAAGCACAUGGCUGUGGUACAACACUAGAAACUGUGGAUAGAACAAGACAUGACAAGAAUGGCUUCAUCGUCUGGUGUCCCCUGGUGCUCGUCUUGAUCGGACGCUGGCCACAAAACCUAGCUCUGCUGCGUUGCCUUCUGGUGCUUUUUACUUCGAGCUCCGAUCACGAGAGAAGACGGGGAGCAAAAUACAGGACUUACGGAUAGCGUCUUUAUAUUAGAGUCAACAGCCGCGACGAUCACGAUAACAUCGAGCUGCCAGGCAGACGUCAGCAUGUCGUCUGAAACGGAAAAAGUCACGGAGGCGGCGGCAAUGGCAGCGGCGGAACCUUCUGAGAAAGCCGUUUCGCCAGCGGCCGCAACUGCUUCGAAGUCAGCAGAAGGUGAGGAUGCCAAGCAAGCAGUUGUUGCAGCUGGAAGUGAGACAAAAGCAAGAGGACCAGUAGCAGAAGAUGAAGGAGCCUCUAAAAAGCAAACUGAUUCUCCCUCUACCGCUGCAUCAAGCAACACGACUUCUACGGGUCCACCGCCGCCCGCGUCAACGUCGAAAAGUAGUACAACUACUGCGCCCGCGGGAGGCGAGAUGAAACAGAAUGCUGAUGCUUCUUCCAAGGGCAAGGCUGCCGUGGCUCCUCCAGCACCGGCAGGGCAAAGUAAAAGCUCAGAGACCACGCCCUCCACGCUAACUUCUGAGAAUACAGCAUCGUCAUCGUCAUCCGGACUCGAUCCUGCCAGUACAGAACAGUCGGAACCAAAAAGUAGCGAAGCAGAACCUAAAAUGGAAACUUUUCACAUGAACGUCGCAGGCGCUGGCCCGUCCGGGGUUCGGGGCGAGGCCUUUCGUCACAAAUUUUUACAGAAAUUGUCCUACGAAAGAAUAUGGGUGCCAGCGGCACAGCGCCCGCCGCAGCAUCAGACAGGUACUCAAAGGCUUGUUGAGAUUAGUCAGUUCGCAAUCUUAUACUCUUUCUGAAAACUACAACUAUACUCGAUUUACUAGAGAUUCGCCUAUGAUAACCAAGUUGAAAACAUCGCAGAGUCCAGAGAAGAGAAGUUUAGGAAUUUUCUACACUUAUAUUAUUGUUGUCGUUGUUCUAAAAAAUCCCUAUACCAGUAGUAGUGCCACGCGCACUCCUGUUGACCAUCCACUACAGUUAUCAUUUUCGACUGGGACGAUACCCUUUUGUGUACGUCGUUUUUAAACCUGCGGUUGCCGACCCCAGAAAUCCCUGGGCAUGUCCAAAGGCAGCUGCUCUUAUUGGAGAGAGUAGGUGCCCAGCUUCUCGAGCUUGCUAUGAAACUUGGGCAGACCUUCAUCAUCACCAACGCGAUGAAAGGUUGGGUCGAAUACUCUGCUAGCAAAUAUGUCCCGAGACUUCUGCCGACGUUACAAAAGUACUUUGUUCCCUUCGUCGUGAACGUGACCUCGACCUGAACAUAAGUGUCGUCGGUCUUCUAGAAAAAUUGCAAAUCUUGAUUGCUGUCUUAUUUCCCCCCCCGUGAAACUCAAAGAUGCCAUACUCUAUCCAGUAUCUUCCCUCGGUAAUAAUCAUCUAUUCCUUUAACGUUAAUGUAUCAUCAAUUCAGGAUUCAAAUUAUAUCUGCUCGCGGAAAUUACGAGCAUGCCUUUCCUGGGAACUACGGGCAAUGGAAGAUUGAGGCCUUUUUGGAGGUGCAGAGGCAGCUGAAUUCACAGAUCAUCACGAAUUUGAUCAGUACUCCUCAUCUACAACCUUCUAGUUUUUAUUACCAUGUAAUAUGUCGACGAUUGUUUGUCCACCACCGGCGAGCUGCAACUACUCGACGCUAUCGCAAGUUUGUUGUAGUACCUCUCCCAUUUCUUCGCAACAAGUGUUCGUCAUUCUCGUCUUGUCGUUUCGAAAUCUUCAUCAGGUUUAGGCGACAGCAAUAUGGAAAUGGAGGCCGUGCACGUGAUGGGUAAGGAAUUCGCUCAGGCGCUGAUCAAAACGAUCAAGUUUCGCGAGAGUCCCACUCCAGAGGAGCUAGUAAAGCAACUCGAGCUCGUCGGACAGAAGUUCGAGAAAAUCAUUCUGAAUGCGCGUAAUCUGAAGAUCGGGUUGGAGCGCAAGUGGAAUGGCGACAAGUCCCGAAGUAGUAAGGAACGCAGCAGCGGGCACCACCAACAUCAUCCGCCAGGAGCAGCAGCUGGGGCGGCCCCCUCAGGAGGCGGACCUUCAGCAGGAGCGGGAGGAAGGGCACCUGCAUCGAGCGAAAACACAAGUACGGCUACUGGCGGCACGGCGCUCCACCAAGCGAUGCUGCGAGACCAGCAGCAACAGCAGCAGAGCACAAACGCAACAUCAACAUUCCAACCACCGGGACGCAGUAGCCCAGCGCUUACACCCGAACGACUUGCAGCGAUGGACGCACGCAAUGCAUCUUCGAGUGGAAACCAAGAAGCAUCAGGAGAAGCCUCCGGUGCUGCGACCUCUUCCCUCGGCGCUCCCGCGACGUCUGAAGUGACCACGGCAACACCAGCGGCGCAAUCGAUUGCAUCAGCUACUGCUGGAGCUACAGCUUCCACUACGCCGAAGGAGAUCAAGCACUCAUCCGAGACGGGCGCUCCGGACACCACAUCUCUACCACCCGACAGUAGUUCGGUCUACGAGGGCAGUGAUUUCGGCGCAGGCAGCGAACCGGCUAGCCCCAGAGGGCCCGUGCUUGGACCCGAAGAGAAGAAUGAAGUUCUCAAAAAAGCCAACUUCUCUGCGUCCGUCCUAGCAGACGUGGCCGCCGCCUCUUCCACAUCAGCAUCUACCGCGCCAUCCCCCAGCGACCCUGAUGGUGACGCAGCUGCAUAACGCAGUUGCUGUGAGGAAUACAGGAGUUUUUGAUAGUUUCUAGGGUGUACAUCAAAUACAUUCAUAGCCAAACAUUCGAUUCCGAUCAUCAACGUCCAGUCUAUCCCAAGUAGAAGAGUAAGAGAGUCCCAAUUUUGCCCGAACCCGAGAUACCCUCUUCAUCGCCUUAUUGUAGUACAGUAAUUAGAGCACUUCCCAGUAGUUGCCCGCCAUUUAUUUCUUGUAUAAGUAGGCUCAAUAGACAUUUCCCAUCAGCAGCAUUCAUCUCAACAUUAACGUUUAUCGUAUCUUUUUAUGAACUUUUUCAGAUGAAGAACAUUGAUAUUAUAGAAACUCGUAUGUGGAUUCGGAGUAUGUGAUUCUUGUGAAGUUGUCGAUAAUGUUGAUUUUUUUAUGGCUUUGUCCAUGAUCUUCGUUCUUCGCCAUCGCCUCUUCCUUGUUCUACCUGACUGGCGGAUGCCUGGUUCUUGC